UCCCAAGAUCGCCCUCUGGAUCUACACGGCAAUAGUCAGACCGAUGCUGUGCUAUGGAGCUUUAGUUUGGUGGCCCAGAGCCAGACAAAAAACAACAGCCCUGCAACUUGAACACGUUCAGAGAAUGGCGUGUCUCAGUGUUACAGGAGCAAUGAGGACCACUCCCACAGCGGCUCUGGAGACUCUCCUUUGCUUAGCACCUCUUAACCUUUACAUAGAGGAAGCGGCAAUGACGACGUCUCUAAGACUUCACUCUCUGGGAGUAUGGAACAAGCAAGGCCGCACAACGAAGCACACUCGGAUCUUAACGGAGGCGUUCAACAGAAUACCCUUGUUGAGGAUGGGUUGUGACCGAAUGGGCACAAAAUUAAUAUAUGAGAAGACAUAUAGAAUAUCAAUGAAUGAUAAUUCAGAAGGACGAGCCGACAUAGAUAUCUAUGUCGAUGGUGCCAAAACAGAUAGUGGUUCAGGAGCCGGCAUCUACUCCGAACAACUGAACGCACAAAUCAGUGUACCUCUCGGCACCCACACGUCUGUCUUACAAACAGAACUGAUGGGAAUAAUGCUGGGAGCUAGAAUCAUUGCUGAACGUGAAAUCGGCAACAAAUCAAUACGCAUACUUACUGACAGCAAGUCUGCACUACUAGCCCUGGACAGCUGUAUGGUUCGAUCCGGGCUGGUUUGGGAGUGCAGACAAACGCUAAAGUAUGUAACGCAGAGGAAUAGUGUGGAACUUUGUUGGAUCAAAGGACACAGUGGCAACGAAGGAAACGAGAGGGCAGAUGAGAUGGCGAAGCGAGCCGCGCGCAUGCCCUUCUGGGGACCCGAACCGGCAAUCACGCCUUCGGUCGCCCUCUCGAACGAACUCGUAAAGCAAUAUACCCAUAGACGCCAUGAGCAGAUAUGGGCGACGUUGAGCAGCUGUCGGCAUAGUAGAGCUUGGACAAACUGCGUAAACUGGUAGGAUUCCUUACGGGACAUUACCAGUUUAACAAACAUCUACAUACGAUAGGGGUAGUAACAGACCCAAUCUGUCGUGGAUGCAAUGAAGAAGAGGAAACA